CCAUAGCGUGACACAUCAAAAUGGCGGAGCGGGAAGAAGCAGUGAGAGGGUUCAUCGCUGUUACUGAUGUUGAUGAAGAGAGGGCCCGUUUCUUCCUCGAGUCAGCCGGCUGGGACCUACAGCUUGCUCUAGCUAAUUUCUUUGAAGAUGGAGGAGAUGAUGAUAUUGCCACCCUCCCUCAGCCAGAAACUGGCCCUGUCACUCGAUCCACAGGGCCAAGUGAACACAGAGUGACAUCCUUUAGAGAUCUGAUGCAUGAGGAUGAAGAUGAGAGUGGUGAAGAAGAAGGCCAGAGGUUCUUUGCCGGGGGCUCAGAACGCAGUGGGCAGCAGAUUGUUGGCCCUCCCAAAAAGAAAAGCCCAAAUGAGGUGGUUGAGGAUUUGUUUAAAGGAGCUAAAGAGCAUGGGGCGGUUCCUGUUGACAAAGCAGGGAAAGGACUUGGAGAAUCCAGCAAGUCCAAGCCGUUUAUAGGUGGUGGUUAUCGAUUGGGUGCAGCACCAGAGGAGGAGUCAACUUAUGUUGCAGGAGCUCGGAGACAGCCCGGCAGUUCACAAGAUGUGCAUGUGGUGCUGAAGCUCUGGAAGUCUGGCUUUAGUCUUGAUGAUGGAGAGCUUAGGAACUACAGUGAUCCCGGGAACGCUCUCUUCUUGGAGUCUAUCCGCAGAGGGGAGAUUCCUCUGGAAUUGAGACAGCGUUUCCGAGGUGGUCAGGUAAACCUAGACAUGGAGGACCAUCGGGAUGAAGACUUUUCCAAACCCAAGCAUGCUUUCAGGGCCUUUACUGGAGAAGGACAGAAACUCGGCAGCGCCACUCCAGAGUUGGUGUCGCUCCAGAGCAACCCGCUGGACCAGUCUAGCAGUGAAGCUGAGGCUAGUGCUUCCAUCAGUGUGGACAGCUCUCAACCUGUCACUAGCAUCCAGAUCAGACUGGCCGAUGGAGGCCGGCUGGUGCAGAAAUUCAACCACACCCAUAGGGUGUCUGAUGUGCGUCAGUUUGUGGCGAGCGCUCGUCCAGCUUUAGCCGCCACUGAGUUUGUUCUCAUGACGACCUUCCCCAACAAGGAGCUGACGGACGAGAGCCAGACGCUGAAGGAAGCCAACCUGCUGAAUGCCGUCAUUGUGCAGCGGAUAAAGUGACAGUGCCAUCUGCUGGCCUGGCUUUAUUAAAGCACUCUUGAGUUGGAGAUACCUGGACUGAAAGGACUUCUAAUUACUUAAUUUUGUUUUCUUUAGUGAUAUGUUAUUCCCCUGUGACAGUUUUGAGGGUGGUGGGUGUUACUGGUUAAGCAAAAUGGAGAUGAAUGGGGAAGCAAUCACACUGUGAUAUAGUUAAAAGAGAGAGCAACCGAAGCGAAGAUCUAACAAGUUUUAUGAUUUUAGAAUAACUGCUGAACAUCUCAGAUUGAUUAAAAAGAGCUGAAGAGUGAAGAGUUUUGACAUUCUUUUACCUCGAUGUCUAUCUUGCAGCUAUACGCUGCUUCUGCUUUACCACCUCCUCAGUUUUAUUCCUCGUUCUGUGAUUCUUCUCUUAGCAUUUCUCAGAACUGUCAUUAAAAAUAAAGUAGCCUUACAACCCCAUACAGUGACACUGACCUCCAAGAUCAACCUCAACUGUCAAUGAUCAAAAUGUUUAUUUUUACAAAACAGUCUUUCUUUCUUCAGAUUUGAGGAUUUUUUGUUAUUUAGGUUGUCAUGCUAUAUUAUUGAGUUUUUUUAUUAUAUUAAUUUUGCCUGAUAAUAAAAUAAAAUAAAGAGUGGGUUAAGAGCCAACUUCAGUUUCGGACACUGCUGCUGGUAAACAAAUCAGCGGCCUUCUUGUAUUCUAUGCAGAAACUGACUAUAAAUCUGGACGUAUUGUGAGCUGUGGUGAACCUGAUAUUAAACCCCUUUGUCUGGCAUUGGA